AUGGGUAUGCAGAAGUCAUCGCCCGCAUCCUCGUUACCGUGGCCGCCACCAAAGCUUACCUACCCUCUCGCAGGCCGCCGGAACGGCGCCAAAACGCGCCUGUACCUCGCCCGGCCCGAGCCAGACAUCGUCACCUCCCGCCGCCGCGUCACACGAAUCAUCCCACCCACCCCUCCACCGUGCGAAGAGCCCAUCCCCGUGCCCGUCGUCGAGGAGCCAGCGCCCGAGCCAUGCCCAUGCCCGCCAGCGCCCUGUCCGUCCCCGCCGGCUCUCCCCGCGCCAGAGCCGCAAAUCGAAGUCAUAGCCGUCGACGUCGAACCUCGAGUUAAAUCGGCAAAGUCCAGCCGCAGCCGCUCCAGGAGCCGCAGUCACGUCCGCGAGAAGGAAGUGUACGUUAAGCGCGAUCGCUUCAUCCCCGUGCCCGUGCCCGUGCCCGUGCCCGCGGAGUCCAGGUACGAAACGUAUCGCUACGUCGAAGCGCCGAGGAGGUGUGUCGAGCCUCCGCGGGAGAGGAAGAUGAUUGAAGACAAUCAGGAAAGGGUGACGCAUGUCCACGUCCACACCGAGGAUAGGGAGGCGAGUCGCGACAGAAGGCCCUUCCGCGACAGGGACUACUACGACCGAGAGUACUACGAGACUGGGAACUAUGGUCGGCGAUGA